UUUUUCGCAUCCGCCAUCGCCGUUAUUUCGACGCGCACGCCGGCUCCGGCUCUCGACCCUCGUCCGUUCCUCAGCACAGGAUUUCGCCCGUCAUGCUUCGUGCUCUUCAGUCCGUCCGAGUCGCCUCCUCCCGCUACCCUUCGUCCAUGCGUUGGAUGUCGGCAUGGGCUCACGUCCAGCAGGGUCCUCCUGAUCCGAUCCUGGGUGUCACCGAGGCCUUCAAGGCUGACUCCAACCCCAAGAAGAUGAACCUGGGUGUCGGUGCCUAUCGCGAUGACAACGGCAAGCCCUAUGUCCUGCGCUGUGUCCGCAAGGCCGAGAAGGUCCUGAACGACCUCGCUCUGGACAAGGAAUACCUCGGUAUCACUGGUCUGGCUGGCUACACCAAGCUCGCUGCCGAACUUGCCUAUGGCGCUGACUCUGCUCCCCUCAAGAACGGCCAGGCAAGUGAGCCAAAUCUCAUCGUUACCUCGCAGUCUCUCUCCGGUACCGGUGCCCUCCGCAUCGGCGGCGAGUUCCUGAACCGCUUCUACAAGGGUGCUGGUGGCAAGACCAUCUACCUCCCCACCCCCAGCUGGGGCAACCACGGCAACAUCUUCCGCGAUGCCGGCCUUGAGGUCAAGCAGUAUCGCUACUACGACAAGGCCACCAAGGGCCUUGAUUUCGACGGAUUGGUCGAGGAUCUCAAGACCAUCCCUGCCGAGUCGAUCGUCCUCCUGCACGCCUGUGCCCACAACCCCACCGGCGUCGACCCCACCCAGGAGCAGUGGAAGAAGAUCUCGACCGUCUGCAAGGAGAAGGGCCACUUUGUCUUCUUCGACAUGGCCUACCAGGGCUUUGCCUCUGGCGAUCCCACCAAGGAUGCCUUUGCCCUUCGUCAUUUUGUCGAGCAGGGCCACCGUGUCAUGCUCGCCCAGAGCUUUGCCAAGAACCUCGGUCUCUACGGCGAGCGUGUCGGUCUCUUCUCCAUCGUCACCGACAGCGCCGAGGAGGCCAAGCGCGUUGACAGCCAGGUCAAGAUCCUGGUCCGUCCCAUGUACUCCAACCCCCCUCUGAGUGGACCUCGUAUUGUCAAGGAAGUCUUGGGACUCGAAGAACUUCGCAAGGAAUGGGAGGACGAAGUCCGAUUCAUGGCCAACCGCAUCAUUUCUAUGAGACAGCAGCUCCGCGACCACCUGGUCAACACCUACAAGAGCACUCACAACUGGGACCACAUCACCUCGCAGAUCGGCAUGUUCUGCUUCACCGGCCUCAAGCCCGAGCAGGUCGACCGCCUCCGCAGCGAGUUCUCGAUCUACCUCACCCGCGACGGCCGCAUCUCCAUCGCCGGCAUCACCAGCAAGAACGUGCAGUAUCUCGCCGAGGGCAUCCACACCGUCACCAAGUAGAGCACGACCGACGCCUCACAUGUCUAGACUCAUCGACACAGCACAACCCAACCAUCAUGCAUGCUGUCCCUCCUCCUCCUCCUUUCUUCUAUUCGUUUUUCUCUAAGUUAUCGGCGACUCUAUUUUGUAUCCAUCACUCGAGUACCUUGCUUUACAGCCGGGCAGGAAGCACGUUGUGUCGUCGGUCGGAUUAAGUGUGUCCUUUGGAAUCCUUUGGAAUCCUUUGGGUCCGCUUGUGCCGGUCCGCCGGUUGACCUUGUGCAUCGAAUCGGGCGCCUUUCGUUGUUCAUGCCUGUAAAAAAAAAUAAACGAAUCUCUUGCAGA